CGCGGGCGUCAGCUGACUGUUCCGUCGCCACCGCAGCUGCUGCCGAGACCGGGUCGGGCUGCCGCCGCCGCCGCCGCCGCCGCCGCCGCCGCCGCCGCCGCCAUGGCUCAAUACAAGGGCGCCGCGAGCGAGGCCGGCCGCGCCAUGCACCUGAUGAAGAAAAGGGAGAAGCAGCGCGAGCAGAUGGAGCAGAUGAAGCAGCGCAUCGCGGAGGAGAACAUCAUGAAAUCCAACAUUGACAAGAAGUUCUCUGCACACUACGAUGCAGUAGAGGCAGAGCUCAAGUCCAGCACCGUGGGUCUGGUGACCCUGAACGACAUGAAGGCCAAGCAGGAGGCGCUGGUGAAGGAGCGGGAGAAGCAGCUGGCCAAGAAGGAGCAGUCCAAGGAGCUGCAGCUGAAGCUGGAGAAGCUGCGAGAGAAAGAGCGCAAGAAGGAGGCCAAGCGGAAGAUCUCCAGCCUGUCCUUCACCCUGGAGGAGGAAGAAGAGGGGGCCGAGGAGGAGGAGGAGGUAGCCAUGUAUGAGGAGGAGCUGGAAAGGGAAGAGAUCACCACGAAGAAGAGAAAACUGGGGAAGAACCCAGAUGUGGACACAAGCUUUUUGCCUGAUCGAGACCGUGAGGAGGAAGAGAAUCGGCUUCGGGAAGAGCUGCGGCAGGAGUGGGAAGCCAAGCAGGAGAAGAUCAAGAGUGAGGAGAUUGAGAUCACCUUCAGCUACUGGGACGGCUCUGGGCACCGGCGGACAGUCAAGAUGAGAAAGGGCAAUACCAUGCAGCAGUUCCUGCAGAAGGCGCUGGAGAUCCUCCGGAAAGACUUCAGCGAGCUGAGGUCCGCAGGGGUGGAGCAGCUCAUGUACAUCAAGGAGGACUUGAUCAUCCCGCACCAUCACAGCUUCUACGACUUCAUCGUCACCAAGGCACGGGGGAAGAGUGGGCCGCUCUUCAACUUUGACGUUCACGAUGAUGUUCGAUUGCUCAGUGACGCCACCGUGGAGAAGGAUGAGUCGCAUGCAGGCAAGGUGGUGCUGAGGAGCUGGUAUGAGAAGAACAAGCACAUCUUCCCUGCCAGCCGCUGGGAGCCCUACGACCCGGAGAAGAAGUGGGACAAGUACACGAUCCGCUGAGCGUCUGGGAGGCUAUGUGGCCUCACCUCUUCAGCUCCCUCAGUGUGCCCCACGAUGUCUCGGGACCCCAGGCACCCGCUCCCUUGCUACCAUGCCAGGCACACUGGGAGGAGGGUGGCAGCUGCUCGUGUCCUGCCCUCGGCACGCCAGUGACCGCCUUAUUCUUUUACAAUAAAGAAGUGCACAUGUCAGAGCUGGAGCGCCUGCAGUGUGAGACACCGCACUUUCUUUCAAA